AAAGUGCAAUAAUAUUGUCAACAGACCAGUCUGAACAUCGGGCAGUCAGAAAAACACGACUAAUCGAUGUUGCCGCGAUAUAGCGUUACAAUUCAGUGAACCAGAGCAGGGCGUUUCUGCGUGGGAGUCCUUCGGCUAUUCUCUGGAUCCUGUUUCUAGUUUAAAUUUGGUCAUGUCGGCCCCCCUCAGACACAUGAGUGGUGUUUUCUCCUCGAGCUGGGCCGAGCGCUAUGCCUGAGCGGGACAGCUCCUACCUGUCAGGUAGCCGUGGGAGUGGUGGGAGUCUGGGUGACGAAGGAGGAGGACCUGGGUCUGGUUCGGCAGUGGGCACGGCGGAGGUUGGUUCAGGAGGAAGUCUUGGAGGCAACGUCUCUGGCUCCGGGAGCAUGGGGGGUGGAGGGGCACUCGGAAAUGGCAACAGCUGUGGGAACAGUGGAGGCGGGGGGCAAGGACCGGCCUUGGGUGGGGUCUGCAGGGACUUCAUUCGCAAUGUCUGCAAGAGAGGGAAGCGCUGCCGCUUCAAACACCCAGAUUUUAAUGAGGUGCCGGACUUGGGGGUGCAAAAGAACGAAUUUGUCUUCUGUCAUGACCACCAGAACAAGGAGUGCAUGCGCUCCAACUGCCGCUUCGUCCAUGGAUCUAAAGAGGAUGAGGACUAUUACAAGAAAACCGGAGAGCUACCCCCCAGGCUAAGAGGGAAAGUUGCAGCACGACUGGGCCUGUCCCCAAUGGAUCUCCCCCACAGCCGUGGGGAAGUCCCUAUCUGCAGAGACUUCUUGAAGGGGGAGUGCCAGAGGGGCAAUAAGUGUAAAUUUCGCCACGUCCAAAAAGACUAUGAAUAUGAGCCCUCCAGGGUUGGAGUUGGUGGAGUUAUAGGGCCGGGGACCAGUGGGAUGGUGAACACCGGGGGAGGGAUAGGUGGUGUAGGAGCGGGUGCCUGUGGAGGAAUGCAAGGACUCGUGGGAGGUGGAGGUGGAAGUAAUAUGAUGGGCAUGGGGAUGGGUUGUCCCAGCCUGGCCGGGUGCAGAGAUCCAGGUAUCACAGGAGUCGGGGGGGUAGGUGGCGGUGGGAUGAGCACUUGUCUGUCUACAAGUUCUGCUGGGCCGCGGCGUUUUGACAGGAGCUCCUUGUACGUCCCUCUGCUUGAAAGUGGGCUGUGUGACGCCAGCUCCUUUGAGCCCCCCAUGGAGCACACGGCUCUACAGUUGAAGAGGCGGCGGUUGGAGGGGCUGCGCCUGGCAGACGUGAGUGGAGGUGCCCACUAUGAGCUGGGACUUCAAGCCACAUUUCCACCACGCCCUCUGGAGUACAGGUUCCUGGAGGAGGAGAACUCCCUGCUGAGGAAGAGAGUGGAGGAGUUGAAGAAGCAGGUUUCAAAUCUCAUUGCCACAAAUGAGGUUCUUCUGGAGCAAAACGCCCAGUUCCGAAGCCAGACCAAGGUGAUGACGCUGUCCUCCACGCCCGCACCCACUGAGCAGAGCCUGGUGCCCCCCGUGGGUGCCAUAAGUUCCUACAACCACAGCAUCGCUCAGACUCACACCACCUUGAGCAGCGCUGGACUGCAACCUCGGGCCGUCAUCCAGCAGGAGCUGGUCGCGUCUAGCGGCGCCCCUUCGGCGGCCCAGAGUAAUGCCGCCCAAGCUUCCGCCCCUCCGCCUCACCUCAACCCUGAGAUCACCCCCCUGUCCGCCGCUCUCGCACAGACCAUCGCCCAGGGGAUGGCGCCACCUGUUUCUAUGGCACCAGUGGCCGUGUCCGUGGCCCCGGUGGCCGUGUCGAUGACGCAGCCCAUGCCCGGCAUCACCAUGAGUCACGCCACCACCCCGAUGGUGUCGUACCCUAUUGCGAGUCAAAGCAUGAGAAUCACCACUCUGCCCCAUUAACCGAUUUAAGGGCAGGUCUGUGGUGCCCAUGAGUCAGACAGGGGCCACCUUAACUGUGAUUAUUCUUUUUUCGAACUUGAAAGGCCUUCUUUUCUGUGUAAGCCACCGAACUGUUACAACAGACGAGCAUGAGACACUUGUACUCGUCCAGCAGGGGGCAGGAUAAAGACUCCCAUCGGUCUGUGUUUGGUGGAAACAUUGACGUUUGUCCUACAGAAUGACUGACCUAUGAACAGUUUUGAGCAAAAGGGACUUUUUGAAACUGUUCCAAGAUAGACGUCAACUAACAAAAUCUGUGAGGUUAUCUACAGUUUGUGUUUACAUUGUUGGAUUUCUCCGGUGCAAAUUAACUCUGGGACAUUUAAAAAUAAUAUUAAUAAUAAUAACAGGCAGUCAACAAUAAAUCCUGUUUGUUUUAA